AAGAAAUUUCAAAUUUCUGCAUGGUUGAUGGAGAUGAGAGCAGUUGAGGGAGAUUCUGAACAAGUGAGAGAACAAAAUGCAAAGGAACAUUUGACUUGGAGAAUGGACAAAUGAAGUUUGAAGAGAAAGUGAUGAGUGACCAUAAUAAUAAUGGUGAUACAGAAUUUCAAGCCUCCAAGUUUGAGAGGUUGAAUCCCACAAACCCUUUAAGGAUUGUGAUCAACAAUGCCACCAGAGUUGCUUCUCUUUCUCCUGAUCAUCUUCAUCAAUCUCAACAACCACCACCUUCUCAGCCUUCUUCUACUCCAUCAAUCCCCCAACAAACGGUGACACUGAAUUCAAGAAGAUACACCAACAAGAUUACCCUGUUUCUGUUCCUUCUUCACAUGUUAAUAGCCAUAGCAUUGGUUGCUUUUUUUAUAUUCAAGGGAGUUGAAGGACUAAUCCAACCCUCAUCAGAUUCUAAAAGGAGAAAACAAACAAGAGUAGUGAAGUAUUUUCUACCUCAAGUAGAAGCAGCUUCAGUUCUAAGCAUUGUUCUAGCACUAACAUGGCAAACUGCAAUAAGAAAAUGGCCAAAUUUCAUGACACAUUUCACACUAUGGUGUUCUUUUUUCAUGUCACUCUCUGCUGGAAUUCUCCUUCUCUGCUUCCAAAAGCCUCCAACAGAUGGUGUUGGAGUUUCUCUCAUUGCAUUUUCAAUAGGGAAUGGUUUAUAUGCAUGUUGGGUUCAGAACAGAAUCAAAUUUUGCACCAAAAUUCUAACACUUUCACUUCAACCUGUUUCCAAGUUCCGUGAUCUGAACCAGCCAACUUUUUACAUGCUUGGUGCUGCAUUGUUUUGGAUGUCACUGUGGAGUUUAGCAGUGAUUGGUGCAUUGAAUUUCUAUUUGCCUUCUUUGGUGAUCAUUGCUUUGGUUUUGAGCUUGGCUUGGACUUCAGAGAUUAUGAGGAAUGUUGUGAACAUUAGUGUUAGUAGAGUUGUUGCUUUGUAUUAUCUUAGGGGAAUGCAAUCUAGCACUAAGUUUGGAUUCUUGAGGGCAAUGACAAGGAACCUUGGGAGUGCUUGUUUGGGAUCUCUGUUCGUGCCGGCGAUCGAGGCGACAAGGGUUGUUGCUAGGUUUCUGAAUUUGGUUGAGGGGGAAGAUGAGUUCUUGUUUUGUUGUGCUAGGUGUUGCUUCAGAGUCAUGGAAUCUAUCUUCAGAUAUGGGAAUGGUUGGGCCUAUGUUCAGAUAGCUGCCUAUGGUAAAGGUUUUGUAGCUGCAUCCCAAGACACCUGGUCCCUGUUUAAGAGACUUGAAAUGGAACCAAUUGUGGACUCAGAUAUAACUAGCUCAAUUUGUUUCCUCUCUGGGGUUAGCAUUGCCUCAAUCUGUGUCAUUGCAGUGUCUGCUUGGACCUCCCAAUUGUACCAAAAUUUCACUGCCACCCUCUCCCUUCUCACAUUCUUCAUUGGAUACCUUCUGACUAGGAUUGCCAUGGCACUACCUCAAGCAUGUGUGAGUUGUUGACUAACUAUGUGUGCUAUGCAGAGAACCCAGACAACAGAUUAUUUGAUACAACAAUUAAGGACUCUCUCGACAUGGUAAAAUCCGGCCGCCAUGUUGCCGUGGCUACGCCGCCACUACCACGGCGGUUUUCAAGUGAUUAAGUGCCAAAUUUAAUUUACUUUACAAUUUUUUCCCUGAAUUUUAUUUACAAGAUUAUAGCUAGUAGUGUAAUAGAAACAAAUUCAUAUUGGAUAGUGAAGGAAGUUCAUAUGUUAUUUA